UGUGCAGUAGCCGUGUUUGCAGCUGGUACAUCCGUCAAGACAUUCGUGGUUCCAUCUCUAGCAGGGUUAGCACAUACUGGAUAUAUCGGCUGGACACCACAGCGUAUCAUUUACCGACUAUUCAUUUCAAAUUUCUCUUUGCGAACAUGAACGGUAACGACAGAGCUUAGUUUAGCACUGAAGUCUCGGAUCAUUCUUCCUACAGAUGGGAUUCAAGUGCCCUGUGGUCUCAUACAGAUGUUGACCAGCUGUGGACCAAGACCAAGAUCAAUUUUCUACAAUGCUUGGGCUGCAGGGUAACGCCUCAUCUUCUAAAGUGUAUCGUUGUAUGGCUUGUUCAGCAACCUUCACUGGACUGUCUACUUUGCUGGUCCAUCAAGCAACACAUGCCAAUGCAUUGACCAAAGUUCAUUCUUCAGAAACAGCAGAAAAGGCCGAACAUGAGGAAUCAGUACAUGGAAGCAACCCUCAGUUGGAUCAGCCUACGCCGCCACCACCUUUGCCUGAAUGCCCUUCAUUCUAUAUUUGUGAUUGUGGAGAAGAGUUUCGGGACUUUAAUCUUAUGCUAGUGCAUAAGCGUUCACAUAUAUCUACCCAACAGCGUCUGCAACCUUUGAAUAGCAAUAUAUUCCACUCGGUUAAAGAAGAAUAUGCCCAGGACACUUCUGCCCAUCUCGAACCCCUUAGAAAAACCUUUACACUACCAGUUGUGUCCAUGAGUUACCCCUCAACCUCUGUGUCUUUAUCCUCUGAAGUUGUCACUUCAAGAGACCCUGUAAUUGAUAGCACAUUGCCAAAUCACAAUGUUGUAGGCAUAAACCUUGAGGAAGCUAUUGUAAGCAAUCCUCCGGAUAAAAAAGGCUUGCACGCAGAUUUGAAUACACAAGAAGCCAAUAUUUUGAGUGUACAGGAGCCUCGGCCAACUGCCAUACAAGCCUCAUCUUCCAAUGUAAAGGCAUUUUCUAUCCCUAGUAUGACAACCACACAGGCUGGGAAAGAGCCCAAAAAUAAGAAUUUGAUGAAGAUGCUUGCUACUGCAUAUAUGAGCCGGUUUCAGGCCUCUAAGAGUGAAAACCCAAGUCAGGAAGAGGUCGUCCCUAAAAAUGAAAACAUCCCAUUUGAGAUAACAUCAGAAACUGCUUCAGAUCCCACACCCACUUCAAUUUCACUGUUAAGGACUCAAAUAGGAAAAUCUCGUCCUAAGAGCAAGUCUCCCACAGUUGGCAAAAUUCUUGAUUCUAGUAAAAAGAGCAUUGUGUCUCUGACGCAGACCUUCUCCCCCGUGGUGCUCCUUGAAACCCGUCAGAAGCUUAUUGAUUCUAGCAGUAACGGUACAUGUGGGAGAUAUCAAUGUGGCCGAUGUCGUAAGGUGUUUCAGGACUUGGACAGUUUGACUGAACAUCAUUUCUUGCACAGAAAAGAGAGAAUUAAAUGCUGUCGUUACUGUAAGCAACUUAUAAUUGGAAAACUGCCAUUUCCUGACAACCAUAUAUGUGCUCAGUCAGCUGGCAUUGCAAUUCACAAUUCUAAUGCAAAGCAAAAGACAUUGCCGUUUGUACAAAAAACUGCAAUAUUCCAUAGCCUAAAGCAACAGAGCAUUAUAAAUAAGGCAAAAAAAGCAUUCUUUUGUCCAGUAUGCAAGCACAGCUAUGCACGAAGGUACAACCUUAAAAUGCAUAAGUGCCAAGGCCCAAUAUCUCUUUCUCAGCAUGCCACUUCCCCUAUUGCAAAAAAGAAAACGCAGAGCUCAGAAAGUAAGGUCAUUACCAAUGCACAAGUUGAUGAAGGGUCUCAGAAUUGCAAGAGUGUUGCAGUGGGAACAGCAGUAAUUGGUAACAUCAAAGUAGAAGUAACUCCACCCAGUUCAGGACAUCAAAAAUAUCCUGAUGUGUCCCGGUCAGGCUCGGCCAAUAGCUUUUUACCCUUCUACCCCAGACCACCCGUGCAAAGGCAACCCAAGGAUGUCAUUCCAGGCAACAGCUUGCUCCAGCAAGUAGAAAAGGAAAGCAGGGAUACAGCUGUUGUUCCUCAACAAGAGGAUAAUGGCGGACAAUGGAGGGUUCCCUUGGAUGAUGAAAUGGAAGAAUUGGAGUGUACCAUGGGGACAGGUGACGAUUAUAUAAAAUCUAAGAAAACCAUACCCGUCGCUACUGUAAAUAAAACUCAAAAGACUGGCCUAAGCUUUUUUAUCAGAGAUGGUGCAAAACGUUACCCAUGCAAUAAAUGUCAGAAGACUUAUAGCCGGCCUUCCACCUUAAGGAGGCAUCUGAGACUCUGUGGGUUCAGGCCACAUGGAACGGUGACGGCACAACACCAAAACACUAAGGUCCAUAAUGUUUUGGGGGCAAAAUCGCAAUUUUCCUCUAAGGUGAACCCCAUCUUUAAUUGCAUUUUCUGUGGAAAGACAUUUAAUCGUAAGGACAACAUGGUGACUCAUCGUAGGAAAUGCCAGAUAAAAAGGGCAAUGCCCGGAAUGAACAGUGGAGCGUUGCAGCAAAAUCUUCCAGUCAUAGAGUCUGAAGGACAACGGCAGCAGCCACAAGAUGAGAGUGCGAACUGGGGUGUGAUGUCGCUGCCCUCUGUUCUUCCAAGAAGAGUGACAUGUGAAUGUGGCGCUGGCUUUACAUCUCCAAAACUGCUUCUGGAGCAUCUGCAGAAACACGCACAGGAGUCGUAUACGUGUCCUACUUGUGGUGAGACGGUCGCUUCCUGGGCUGACUAUGAAGUUCAUCUGCAGAUCCACAUGCAUCCUCACAACCACCUCUACAAGGGUCUUCAGCCACAACGAUCCCAGCCCCUGUUGCUGCGUUUUCAACAGCCGCUGCCGUCUAAAUCUGUUCCCAAGCCUCAACUUAAGCAGCCCCGCCUCACACAGCCUUCCUUUAAGCAUCCCCAGCUCCCGCAGCUCCCAACACCAGUCAAGAAGCUGCAGCGCAUUGUAUGCAUGCGAUGUAACAACACCUUCUCCAACCACUGCAAUCUGCGAAAGCACAUAACUCUAAAUCGCUGCAAAGGUGGACGUGCCACAGUUCCCCCCAAGGGGGGUCACUGUUCCCGCUGCAACACCAACUUCCACAGCAUCAUCAGCCUCGUGUUCCACCAGCGGAGCGGAGCCUGCAAGCUGGCGGUCAAACCCGUCCGCUGCAAUAUCUGUCUGCGCUGGUUUGGCACAGAGGACGGGCUGCAGAAACAUCUGCUCACACACAAACAAUCCCAAACCGUUCACUGUGAUGUUUGCCAGGGAAGUUACUCAAGUCUUAAGUCCCUCAAAAACCACCGCAGGAAGAUUCACGGCAUCAGGGCUGGAGGGCACGAUGCGCUGCCGCUGGCGGUGCCGAAACUGGAAAAGUCCUUGUAAUUUUUGCUUGUUUUAUUCUGUACAUACAUUGUGCCACUGCUUUUUAGGGAAAAUGGUGUCUUAUCGGCUGCUCCUUACCCAAUUUGUCAAGUGUUUUCUUUUUAUAUACCACGCAUAAAUAGGUGUACAGUUCCAUCUGUGAAUUAUUUUGUGAUAAUGUAAACUAAGGCAUUUGAAAUGAUUAAUAGAAGUUGUGUGUUUUAACCUUUGAUUUAUCUAGUAGCUGAUAGUCAAUUAAUGUAUGUGUUUGUUUGGCUUGAUCCUACUGUAAUAAAGUCAUCAAGGUA